AUGAUCAACGAAUCCUCUCCAGCCGUCGGCAUCAUGGCAAACAACACCGUGCUCGACGCCGGCCUGCCUCCUAUACCAGACUACACCCUCAUCCCCCAACCAGAUCUCAUUUCCUGGCUUCCCGAUGUUUGGCUCUCCGUCGUCGCCCCAGUUGUGGUCUACUGGGUCAUCUCUCUGAUCUUCCACUUCUUUGACGUCAAUGACCUCUUCCCAGAGUACCGCCUUCACACCCCUGAGGAGAUCACAAAGCGUAACCAUGUCUCUCGAUUUGACGUCGCUAGAGAUGUCGUCGUUCAGCAAAUUAUUCAAAUUGUCACCGGCUACAUUCUUGCCAUUUAUGAACCAAUGGAGAUGAUCGGCAAGGAUGAACACAACGUUGCCGUCUGGGCUACCCGUCUACGUCUCGCGCAACGAGCUCUCCCCUCGAUCCUUGGUUUGAUCGGCCUCAAUGCCGAUGCCAUUUCGAAGAAUAUGGCUCCUGCACACCCAUUGCUCGCUGGCGCGCUUGCUGGAGGCCAUUACCCCUUUCUCACCACCGGUGAAGAAGGCCCUGCUUUUGCCAAUUGGGAAAUGACCGGCGCCAAGCUCAUCUACUACUUCCUUAUUCCCUGUAUCCAGUUCAUCUGUGCCAUUAUCGCACUCGAUACUUGGCAGUACUUCCUUCACCGCUUGAUGCAUGUCAACAAGUGGUUGUAUACUCAUUUCCACUCCCGUCAUCACCGCCUCUAUGUUCCUUAUGCAUACGGUGCUCUGUAUAACCACCCAGUUGAGGGUUUCCUUCUUGACACCCUUGGCGCCGGAGUCUCUUUCAAGCUCACCGGUAUGACUCUUCGCCAGGGCAUUCUGUUCUUCUGCUUCUCAACAAUCAAGACCGUUGACGACCACUGCGGUUACUCUUUCCCCUGGGACCCUCUUCAGCUAAUUACCAGCAAUAACGCUGCUUACCACGACAUCCAUCACCAACACUGGGGCAUCAAGACAAACUUUGCACAGCCCUUCUUCACAUUCUGGGACACCCUCCUCGGAACCAAGUACGUGGGCAACCGCGUGAAUCGCAUCGUGGAGAACAAGCGCCACAAGGAGACAAAGAAAACCAAAUAA